UCCGCCUGCCCACUCAGCGGCGGCUUUUCUUUCUUCCAAUUUUCUGUCCCUUCUCUGUGUUGGACUCUCCAGUUGCCUCUCCCCUUUCCCCACACUUGGGGCUCCUUGCUUCUGGAGCUGGGGCAGCCCGCGCUCCCACCUGCCGCCUGAGCCCUGCCCCCUGCCCGGUGGAGGGGACCGCUGCCCCGCCGCCUCCAACUCCUGGAGGAAAACUUUUUGAAGCAGAACCCUAAACCAUGCCUCUGGGACAACUGCCCUUGACGCUUUUGGUGCUUAUGUUUAGGGGCACCUCAGAAACCUGUACUACACGUUGUCAUAUUAAUGCUGUUGAAGGAGAACCUUUCUUUCUGAAAUAUUGCCCAUUUUCUCCUGAGCAUGAACCAAGCACCACAAAAUGGUUCAAAAGAAAUGAGUUACAUGAACCGGUUGAGCUACACUCGAGCAGUUCACCCAGAAUUACUUUGCACGAUUAUGUCCUGGAGUUUUGGCCAGUUGAGCUGGAUGACAGUGGAUCUUACUCUUUCCAGAGGGGAAAUCAUACUCAUGAUUGGAAACUGAAUGUCAUCAGAAGAAGUAAACACAGCUGUUUUACUGAAAAACAAGUAACUAGUAAAACUGUGGAAGUUGGAAAGGCUUUGCAGGUGGACUGUAGCCAUAGUUACUAUCAAGACCUGGUCCACAGAACGGCACUGUAUAAGAACUGUGAAGAGAUAGAGAACAAUAAAAACCCAUCUUUAAAGAAGAAUGCAGAGUUUAAAGACCGGGGAUAUUACACCUGCAUGUUUUUCCUUCAUCACAAUGGAAAACUAUUUAAUGUCACCAGCACCUACAAUAUAACAAUAGUUGAAGAUCACAGUACUAUAAUUCCAGCUAUUCUUGGACCAAAGUUUAACCAGGUUGAAGUGGAAUUAGGAACAGAUGUGCAGCUCAACUGCUCUGCUUGGCUGAAUGAAAAGGAUCAUGUCUAUUGGAACUUCCGUAGAGACGAUGGGCAGGACCCAAAUGAGCAUGAAGGGGAGGAAAUAAAGAUCAGGUAUGCAGAUGUGAUGUGCGAUGGACAGCAUCGUAUAUCCUUCUUUCCAGGUCGGGGUGAUAUCCCAGGCCAUGUCUUCACGAGGGGAAUGGUCACAGCUCUUGUGAUCUCAGGGGGAAUCGUGUGCCUAGUGAUUGCGGGUGUUAUUUAUAGGAUUGACUUGGCUCUAUUUUAUAGACAUUUCAUGGGAAGAGAUGAAACAUUAACAGAUGGGAAGACAUACGACGCCUUUGUGUCCUACCUGAAGGGAUGCGGACCUGCGCACGGGGAGGAGCGCGCCUUCGCUGUGGAGGUCUUGCCCAGGGUGCUGGAGGAGCACUUUGGGUAUAAGCUAUGCAUAUUUGAGAGGGAUGUGGCACCUGGAGGAGCUGUUGUUGAUGAAAUCCAUUCACUGAUAGAGCAAAGCCGAAGACUGAUCAUUGUCCUAAGUACAAGUUACAUGUUUAACGAAGUGAGGUAUGAACUCGAAAGUGGACUCCAUGAAGCGCUGGUGGAAAGGAAAAUUAAAAUCAUCUUAAUUGAAUUUACACCCGUCAGUGACUUCACAUUCUUGCCCCAAUCACUACAGCUUCUGAAAUCUCACAGAGUUCUGAAGUGGAAGGCUGACAAAUCUCUCCCAUAUAACUCAAGGUUCUGGAAAAACCUUCUUUACCUGAUGCCUGCAAAAGCGGUCCAGCCACGCAGAGGGGAAUGCGAAGCCGAGCCCGUGCUGGCCGGGUCCUGCCCUUAGGGAAGCGAGUGGGGAGCUGCGAGCUCUGGGGGCUGAGGAAGGCGCCUGCUCCCACCGCGGGCAAGGGUGGCUCCUCCGUUUCACUCCAAGGAAAUCCCGCUCCCAGCCCCGAUGAAGCUUCACUGGCUGCCUGCCCGGAGGAGGCCGCGGGAGCGAGCUGCCCGAGGUCCCAGAAGACCCUGGGACCUACAGAAGGGGCUCUCCUGUCUCCUCCUCCACAGCUGGGCCUGCGGCUGGGGAUUAUGCAAAACGCCGCAUGCCUUUCAAAAGGGCACUGUAAGAGUUUUGAAUGCGAACCAUUGAACUAAAGGAUUUUAAGUUUAUUACUGGCAUUUCUACGAGCCAGUAGGUGACUGGACGGGCACAGUGCCGACGCCGACACUCGCACAUGAGCCACCACCUCUCAACACGGGGACAGUGCUGGGCGGGACCUGGCUGCUGCGGGCGUGGGGAGCGCGGGGCAGGGCGAGGCUCGGCCAUGCUCGAUGUGGACCCGCCACAGCUGCAGCCCGGGUUGUUGGAACCCGGCCGCCGCCCUGCGCUGGGCGUGCUUAACUGGGCCUAUUUGUAGGAACUUCUUAAAGGCAACCCAAAACAACUUUGUAUCUUUAGGGAUAAACACAGGUUUUAAUUAAAAUAGUUCUCCUGAUCUUUCCAAAUUGGUCAAAAACAUUUGUUGAUUCUACAUAAAUAUUUAUGUGCAGGAUGGGUGCCAGAUCAUAUUAGCCAUUAGGCAAUAAAGAAUGGUAGUUACUUGCUUGAUUUUUUAAAAGGUUGCAUAUCAGAUGCCGGAAGGUGGGAGCAGCAUGGCAUGGUGGUUUGGUGUGAGCUGUGCAGCCAGGAGGCGUGAGUUCAAGUCCUGGCUUUGCUGCUUACUUCUGUGAACCCUGGAGCCUUUCCUAACGGAUCUGUGCCUCAGUUUGCACAUCUGUAAAAUUAUAAUACAUGAGAACUAUACCUACUUCAGGGGCACUAAAUGAAUAAAGUCAGACUUAACAUUC